AACCCAAAGGCAAAAAAGUUUAUUUUGUGUAUCAUUCCCCAAAAAUUCUUCAACAUAUAAAAAACAGAAGAGGAAACUCAAAGCAUUUGCAAAAAUGGAGAAGAAAGCUAAUGAAGCUCUUAUCAACACAUUCUGUGAAAUCACUUCUUCUUCUAAAUCCCAAGCACUUUUCUUCCUCGAAAGUCAUAAUUUCGACUUAGACUCUGCCGUUUCCACCUUCCUCGAAAACUCUUCACUUCCCUCCGCCGGCCCCGGCACCGCCGUCGUCGCCACCGAUCCAGUAUCUCCGUCCGACUCACAGUCCUACUCUCCUUCUCACUCUGAGUCUUCUUCUCCCUCCUCCCGCUCUCGCUCCCCAUCUCCUCCUCCUCCUCCUUCUCUCAGCUCGAAACGAUUACGGAAACCUUCUUCUAAUGCUUAUAAUUUGAGGUCCUCUAGACCUAGAAAUGAUGCCUCUGCGGCUGAUGUUGCUGAUGCUGUUGGUGGUGGGAGGAGAAGUCUGAGACGUCGACCUAGCACAGGGUUAGAGAGUAACUCCGAUGAGCCGCAAGAAGCUUACACUGGCGGAGAAAAAAGCGGAAUGCUUGUUCAAGAUCCAUCAAAAGAGAAUGACGUGGAUGCACUAUUUAAUCAAGCUAGACAAUGUGCUGCUGUAGAAGGACCUUCGGAACACCUUCCAUCUUCAGGCUCAAGAAGCUUUACUGGAGCUGCAAGACGGCUUACAGAGGAAGCUGUGCCUUCUGUUCCUCAGCCACCUGAAAAUGCUACCCAUGCUAUCACUUUUUGGCGCAAUGGGUUCACUGUAGAUGAUGGUCCUCCACGGAGUUUUGAUGAUCCAGAAAAUGCCUCUUUCUUAGAGGAUGGUGUUCUUCCCCUCCAAGACGCUGCUCUUAAUGUGAAUGUUCCACUGAAUUUGUUUGGAUUUAUCGGCGUUGCUGAUCCUGCGAGAAACAUGGUCGCUGAACGCGAUCAAGAAGCUCAAAGAGAUUGGGUUGUUGCUAUUGACCACUGCCCCCGGUUUGAAGCUAGAAGUUGUCUAGCUCCUCCUUUCCGCGGUCUUGCUGACCCGAACAUCGAGACUGCUAUCUUCGCUUCGGCUUCCAAUUUCCCUAUCCAACGGAUUACCUACCCCGGGGAAUCCACCUUCAUCCCUUGCUUUAUCUCAGUCCUCUACUACCUCAAUCAGAUGGACCAUUUAAUGGUGUCCACUAAACGUUGGACAGACAACUGCGUGGGCUGAGUUUCCCCCUACUCUCAGAUCUACAUCUCCAUUUUGCUCUACAUCCAAGUGAUCAGAGCGAUGGAUUCUUCAGGAAUUUUCCGCUUUGGCUCUAGACUUCCAAUCUUCUUGAGAGAAUUUGAAACUUUGUUUCCCUUUACUAAUCUGUGGAUUCCAGGCCCUCUGGUCUCUGCAUUCAAGAAUUUAUCUUGCUUUUGGCCUAGUGCCACUGGUCAGUUUGGCAAUGUUUCUCCCUCUCUGCCUGCCACUCCCGAGUGGACCCAGGCUAGUAGAUUCUCCUUUGGCAAUAGAUUUGCUUCGCACCUUCCUAACAUCAGUAUCUUCAUCUCCCGUCUCCAUUCCAUCUGCAGCAUCGCUACCAGGCCAGCUGUCACUGAACAUUUGUUUUGCAAUGAUGUUGAUGGCCCAAGAUUUAUGGCUACACUUUUUAGCCAAGCUUGUGUGCACGACGAAAAUGAACUGAUCAAUGUCGCUUCUCCAGGAGCUUCAUUAACAUAUGCCGGCGGUCUUCGCCUUUGGCAAAAUGCUGCCGCAAACCUCUCCUUUUAUGAUCUUCCAUCUCCCUUGGAUAUCAGCGUCGAUCAUGUUGAAAACGACUGGAUCUCUGCCUUGAGAAUGAACAAUAGUUCAUCUUGGCUCGGUCCACUAGCUGCUAUGAUGGCCAAGUACUGCCAAUUUUGGAAAGGCUCCUGUUCCCUUGCUGAUUGCUCACCAGAUGGCUCCGCCACCGGUUCAGUCCGCUGCGUGGCAACCGGUGGAACCAAUGUGUUC